AUGGAGGACAACCAAAACUCUGCUCCCGGCAGCGUCCAAGCCGCCAAGCUCAACGGCGCCCGCAAGGGCCCAGACUCGCACAGCGUCACCAAGAGGCUGCAAACCGAGCUGAUGCAGCUCAUGACCUCGCCCACGCCCGGCAUCUCGGCGUUCCCUUCGGCCGACGGCAACCUGCUCUCCUGGACCGCCACCAUCGACGGUCCCCAAGACACCCCCUACGCCGGCCUAUCCUUUAAGCUGAGCUUCGCCUUUCCCUCAAACUACCCCUACGCCGCCCCGACCGUCCUCUUCAAGACGCCCAUCUACCACCCAAACGUCGACUUCUCGGGCCGCAUCUGCCUCGACAUUCUCAAGGACAAGUGGACCGCCGCCUACAACAUCCAGACGGUGCUGUUGAGCUUGCAAAGCUUGCUCGGCGAGCCCAACAACGCCUCUCCUCUAAACGGCGAGGCCGCCGAGCUCUGGGACAAGGAUGCCGCCGAGUUCAAGAACAAGGUCGUGGCACGACAUCGGGAUGUCGAGGACGAGUGA